AUGUCCGGUUGGAACGUGAACGCGGCUUCAUUUGUGCCGAAUCCCAACGCACGCCCAUUUGUUCCUGGGCAACCAUACAUUCAUGAACAACCUGAAAUCCCUUCACAACCACAAGCUGAACCAGCGGAAGACUGGGAAACUCAGGAGGAAAUACAAGAUUCUGCAGUGAAUUCGGCAGAAAACCAACCAGAAGUAGUUGAACCCGUUCCUGAUGAAAAGAUCUCAGCAACAGUUGCUGAAGCGUGCAAAGUCAAAGAGAGCAGCCCGGAAGACGACAUUAUUGCUCCAUUAGCAAAGAAAUUCCAAAGAACGGUUUUUGUCGAUGAUGGAACACACAAGGAGCACGUCAAUAUUGUUUUUGUUGGUCACGUCGAUGCUGGUAAAUCAACGAUUGGAGGACAAUUGAUGUAUUUGACUGGAAUGGUUGACAAACGAACAUUAGAAAAGUAUGAACGAGAAGCUAAAGAGAAAGGGCGCGAGAGCUGGUAUCUUUCAUGGUGCAUGGACACAAAUGAUGAGGAAAGAGACAAAGGAAAAACAGUGGAAGUUGGUCGAGCUUACUUUGAAACUGAAAAGAAGCACUUUACCAUUCUUGAUGCUCCUGGUCACAAAUCUUUUGUUCCGAACAUGAUUGCUGGUGCCACACAAGCGGAUCUUGCCGUUCUUGUAAUUUCGGCUCGUCGUGGAGAGUUCGAGACUGGAUUCGAUCGUGGAGGUCAAACUCGUGAGCAUUCCAUGCUUGUAAAAACUGCUGGAGUGAAGCAUCUCAUCAUACUUGUGAAUAAAAUGGAUGAUCCAACUGUAAAAUGGGAAGAGGAAAGAUUCAAAGAGAUUGAAUCGAAAUUGUCACCAUUUUUGCGCAAAUGUGGAUUCAAUCCAAAAAGUGACAUCACCUACAUUCCUUGCUCUGGACUUACUGGAGCCUUCUUGAAAGACCGACCUCCUGCGACUGAAGGGUCCUGGUACACAGGGCCAUGCUUCAUCGAAUUCCUCGACUCACACUUGCCGUCUUUCAAGCGUGAUUUCGAUGGUCCCGUUCGGUGUAUUGUUGUAGAAAAAUACUCGGAAAUGGGAACUGUUAUAAUUGGAAAAAUGGAAUCGGGUUGUGUUCAAAAGGGUGACACACUUGUAGUUAUGCCCAAUAAGCAACCAGUACAAGUUCUCCAAAUUUGGGCAGAUGAAGUCGAAGUCGAUCGAGUUGUUUCCGGAGAUAAUAUUAAAUUUAAGCUCAAGGGAAUCGAAGAAUCUGAGCUUCAAGGAGGAUUUGUGAUCUGCUCGCCAGAUUCGCUUGCUCGUGUAGGACGAGUGUUUGAUGCCGAGGUGUUCGUCCUUGAGCACAAAUCAAUCAUUGCUUCGGGCUAUUCAGCAGUUUUGCAUAUUCAAUCCGGUGUUGAAGAAGUUACAGUUAAGGGUGUCAUUGCGACAAUCGAUAAAAAGACGGGCGAGAAAAAACGUGCCAAAUUUGUUCGUCAAGACGAGAAAUGUAUUAUGCGAUUAGAAAGCCCAGAACCAUUCGUUAUUGAACCAUUCAAGGAUUACCCAUACCUUGGCCGAUUCACUCUUCGAGACGAAGGAAAAACAAUCGCGAUCGGAAAAGUUCUCAAGGUCAUUGAAUAA